AAAACUGAAAACAGAGGCUGCUGGAUGCAAAUAAUUAUUGAGAGAAACGAUUUCAAUUUGUGUCUACGUAAACUCCAGAAAGUCUUGGGUGUGCUUGUUGGAAAAGCUCAAAUAUUUUGCAGAAACGUCUGUUGGUGAAUCUUGCGGAGUGAAGAUUUAAGUUUCAGUAUCAGUCCGUAGACAAAACAGCUCUCUCACAAUGUCGGAUGAGCCAGUGACUUUACCCGUCUGUAGGAGACUUACGUACGCCAUGGGACACUUCUUCAACGAUCUCUGCGCGUCCAUGUGGUUUACCUAUUUUCUGGUGUAUUACCACUCGGUUCUCGGUUUCCAGGACACUAACGCAGGUGCGCUGCUGCUGGUGGGGCAGAUCGCGGAUGGGAUCUGCACGCCUCUCAUCGGCUAUGAAUCCGAUCGGACUUCAGGAUGUGGGACGUAUGGAAAAAGAAAAACCUGGCAUUUAGUGGGAACAUUAAGUGUUUUCACCUCCUUCCUCUUCAUAUUCAACCCCUGUAUCGGAUGUGAUGAGGGCACCCCACAGAUGGCGGGGCUCAUUUAUGUAAUCCCAUUUAUCAUCAUCUUCCAGUUUGGCUGGGCUGCCACCCAGAUAUCCCACUUGUCGCUCAUUCCUGAGCUGGUCACAUGUGAGCAUGCCAAAGUGGAACUUACAUCAUACAGAUAUGCUUUUACAGUGGUGGCCAAUAUCACUGUAUAUGCUGUGGCAUGGCUGUUGUUUCAAUUUCAAUCACAACAGAUGGAUGAUCCAUCUGCCUCUCAGAAUCUGGGUUGGGUCGAUGUUGCCACAUUCAGAUAUCUGGCCCUGAUUGUGUGGAGCAUCGGUACUGUUUUCUCCAUCAUUUUUCACCUGGGAACAAAAGAGAGAGUCCAGCCUCAUGUGAGUGCACCAGUUGCAGGGGAGCAUCAGCCUCUAAUUCCUCGCUCUUCCCCGAAAUCCAGCCUUUUGCUCCAGUGGAAACACUGGCUUGUGGAGCCUGCCUUCUAUCAGGUUGCCGGACUAUAUAUGUGCACUAGACUGAUUGUAAAUUUGUCCCAAGCUUACAUCCCAAUGUAUUUGACAAACUCUUUAUCACUGCCAAAGAACUACAUUGCAACUAUUCCCCUGGUCAUGUAUGUCUGUGGGUUUGUGUCUUCUCUGGUUAUGAAGCCUGUCAGUAAACGGAUCGGCACCUCUAUGACUUAUUUUGCUGGCCUUGUGCCAAUUAUGGCGUUUUCCUACUGGGUGUUGCUGGACAUGAACAUGGGCAGAGGGGUUUAUGGAGCUGCCGUGCUGCUGGGUGCUGGAUCUGCUGUCAUUCUGGUUAUGUCACUAUCCAUGACCGCCAAUCUCAUUGGAGAUCAAACGCAAAGUGGUGCCUUUGUUUACGGUGCAAUGAGCUUCACAGAUAAGGUGGCCAAUGGACUUGGAGUUAUGAUAAUACAGGCUUUACACCCCUGUCAUACACAGGAAUCCAAUUGCAUGUGGUUCUACCACAAUGUCAUGGUGAUUGUUACUGGGGGCGUGGCGGGUGUUGCAGCUCUCUGUCUCUGUACCAUCAUCAUCUGGCCAAUCACAAUUCGCAGACGUCUGGCCGUCAUCACAGGCUUGAUGGGUACACACGAAGAAGAAACAAACAGCUGUAGGGUCAAUGGAAGAUUAAACUGAUGGACUCUUGCAAUUGUAAACAAUCAGCACACUGUGGCUGAUCAGGAUGCACUGCAGAGAGAACGAUGUGUUCUAUUUUGUCACUUACCAGGAAUAAGGAAGAUCCAAAAAUGUGCUGUGGUCACGAGUGCCUGUUUCAGCACUUUAGAUAUGCAAGUUUCUGCAUUGUUCUUUGAUUCUCAAGACAGUCUUUGUGUGUCGUAUUUUAAAAUAUGAGCUCAGGUCUGUCACAUGGAGAGAUGUCUCAAAUAAGGCAGCAAUUACAUGACACAUUCAAGAGACAUGUGGAAGUUCUGCUCUGCUGAAAUUCUUUUAAAAUUCCAGUUGAGAUGGAAAACAAAUUUAGUUUGUAGGAAAAUGUUACAAAAGUUAAAGGUGAACAGUACAAUUUCUGCUCCACUAGCAUCAACUAAUACUUAGUUGAGCCAAUGUUACUAUGCCGGGCUGGUUUCUUAAAGGGGACAUGACAUCAUUUUUUUUUUGUUUAUUAUUUUCCCUGAGGUCCUCUGAUAAUGUUAGUUAUCAGAGGAAUAAAAAUAAAGGUUUUUAUUUUUGCACCAAAACAGUCAUAAUUUUGUAAUAUAUGAUAAUUUUCCACUCUGUCUCUGGCCCUUUGUCUGAAAUGCUCUGUUUUGGCCAAAGUGUAGUACAUAGUGUGGUAACCAGCUGGUACGUGCUGUGCAGUGUGUAUAAACCGAUCCCCUGGCCUCAAGAGGCACACUAGCGACUGAAGCUAGAAGCUGUAGCCAUUAGCCUCCUUGUUAGCGCACCCGUUGGUUCAAAUUCCAUUUGGAGCGGGUCGAGCAGGACUGGUUAUAGUGGUGGCAUGACCCGGAUUAAGGAUUAGGGGAAUGAGUGUAACGGUAGCCAGCUGCUACGUGCGGUGCAAGUGUGUAAGCCUCACUCCCUGGCCUCAGCACCCAUCUCCCAUGUCGGAGACGCCAGUUCAAAUCCUGUUCGGAGUGGGUCAAGCAGCACUGGUUACAAAAGUGCCUCCUUUAACUCUUUCCCCGCCAAACACGGAAUUUUCCGGGUUUUAUGAAAAAACGCUUCCCCGCCAAACACGGAAUUUUCCGGGUAUCCGUGUUUUAGGUGGUAUACGGUAAGGAAGUGUUUUGAAAGAGUACGCAACUCUUUGAUCAAAGAAACAGACUGCGAUCGUCUCAAACGUGAAGUGGAACACCAUACUAAUACUAAAGCACUUGUUUGAUAAACAUGCCUUUUUAUCAGCUUUUUGUCCGAAAUGUUGUUUUUGACAAAACCUACCUCUGUUCAAGUGGCAAUAAAAAAAGAACAAAUGAAGAUAAAAUAAAAUGCUUUUUUGCCUAAAAGCAGAGGCUCAGAUCUUUAUUUUGAUAUAUACCAUCUUCAUAUAUUCAUGGAAGAAAAUAUUCUGCGGGCCAUUAAAGUUUAGCGAAAAUCGUCAAAAACCCUGGCGGUGACUGGCAACUUUUUUUAAAAACGCUGGCGGGGAAAGAGUUAAACUUCAAUGUAAACGACCACAAUUAUGAUUGGCUAACAUGGUGCAGCCCCUCAAAUACAGCCAUAUUUGAAACUCAAUCGAAAGAGAAUGAACAAGCUCCACAAUAUAAUAAAACUACAUUUUACGUUUUACACAUAACACACAUCCAACACAUUGUAUCCGAAUUAGGGCUGUCGAUUUAACGCGUUAAUUCAGUGCGAUUUAAUCGCAUUUCCUCCCCCAGACCAUAAUUAGGAAGAUUACUGAAAAAUGCAAGCUUGUAGUACCACCUGUUUACUCCAGAGGGCAGUAAGUGAAACUUCAGCUGUAUGAGCAACGCGCACUUUAUUACAGUGAAGAAAACACUUCAGUAGGCGUUCUUGCGUUCAAAACACACGAAGGGAUCUCAAGAUGCGUUUAAAAAUUGAGUAUUAAACUAUAUUUAACUUGAUACAAUGACCUAAACAUUUUAUGUUUAUGAUGCAACACACCCGAGACACGACACAAGCAUGUCUGACGCAGGGUGUGGCUGGAUUGAGAUGGUGCAAAAUUUGGAAAUUACCCCAUAAAUAUCUAAUCACAAUUAAAAUCUACUACCUCACAAAUUAUUUUCUUGUAGAGAGAUUUAAUUGUGAUGUCGAUAUAUUCUGUACAUUUUGUGGUCUGCAGGCGGAAACAUUUUUUCAUUUAUUUUGGAGUUGUCCCUACUCGUCCCUACAUGUUUUAUUCGGGUUUAUUUUAGCUAUGACAUGUCUCUUCAUAAGGAAUAUUAUUUGAUUAAUGUUCUGCUUUUGUUGGCAAAAUUUAGUAUUCAUACAUGUAAGUAUGGUGGUUAUAAACCAUUAGAUUUAAUUUUUAAUUCAGAGGUUAAUUCAGCAAUACCUAAGAACAAUUUCCAAUUUGAGUAACAAGAAAGCUGUAAAGUGUAUUGAAAUAUGUAAACAAUUAGAUAUUUUUAUUUAAACUGUUUAUUUAUUUUCCUUUUUGAUGUUGUUUGUUUUAAUAUACCUCUUGGCUCUAGAUGUAAAAGUUUUUAAGCAUUAAUUUAAAGAAAUCAUAAUAAAUC